CACAUGGUUGGUGCUUCUUUUAUAAGCCUGGGAAUCCUUUACAUUAAGGGUCUUCAUCUUUAAAGACUUCUUACUUGCUGAAUAGAGAAUUACAUCUCUGUUCAUUUAAUAAGGAAGCCAUGUCCAGCCGGCCAAUCACAAUCAUAUCAAAUAAGACAGAACAAGUCGGAAACUAUCAUGGGAUGAACCUCCACAGCUCCAGAAUGUGUGAGUGUAUGGAGUGUGACUCAGCGCUGUGUGGAGAAUCUGGCCUUGGCUCCACAGUGGAUCUGAUCAGCAGCUGUUCUCACACACAAUGUAGCAGAAACCAUUGCUGUGCCUACAAAACUUGGCUCCCAAAAGUUCAAGUGGUGACCAGGGAUCCCAGAGAAGGGAGGGAGAAAAUUAAAUCAGUCUUUAUUGGUGUGCUAAAGAUCCCGCUUCUCUUCUUCCUCCUCUAUUGCUUUGUUUGUUCCUUGGACACCUUGAGCUCUGCUUUUCAGCUAGCUGGGGGUAAAGUGGCUGGAAAUAUCUUCCAGGAUAAUGCGAUCCUGUCAAACCCAGUGGCCGGCUUGGUGGUUGGCAUUUUGGUCACGGUGCUCGUGCAGAGCUCAAGCACGUCUACUUCCAUCAUCGUCAGCCUCGUCUCAUCCGGCUUGUUGGAAGUAAAGUCAGCCGUCCCUAUAAUAAUGGGAUCAAACAUCGGCACAUCCGUCACCAACACCAUUGUUGCUCUGAUGCAGGCUGGGGAGAGAAACGAAUUUAAACGGGCAUUUGCAGGUGCUACAAUUCAUGACUGCUUUAACUGGCUCUCAGUGCUGGUGUUGCUGCCCCUGGAAGUAGCUACAGGUGUGCUCAGCUAUCUGGCUCGAACCACUCUAUCCAGCUUCCACAUGAAGAGUGGUGAAGAGGCCCCAGAGCUGCUCAAGGUCAUUACUGACCCUGUCACUAAGCUCUUCAUACAGCUGGAUAGAUCUGUGAUAACUGGCAUCGCUAUGGGAGAUGAAAGCAUAAGGAACCGCAGUCUGAUAAAAGUGUGGUGCCCUAUCAUGCCAGCAGUAAACAUGACAGCAAGUGUUCCUCAGAAUUGUUCCUCAGCCUUGCAUUGUGGGAAGGUUGAUGAUCUCGUCGCUCAGGUGUACUCAAAGAAAUGUUGGCAUAUGUUUGCCAACACAGACUUGUCUGAUCUGUCUGUGGGUCUUAUUUUGCUGGCUGGAUCUCUUGUGGUUCUCUGUUCCUGCCUCAUCCUAAUCGUCAAGGUCCUCAACUCAGUCCUGAAGGGUCAAGUGGCACGAGUCAUUCAAAUGGUUAUUAACACAGAUUUCCCGGACCCCUUUGGCUGGCUGGCUGGAUAUAUAGCCAUGUUUGUCGGGGCAGGAAUGACUUUCCUGGUGCAAAGUAGUUCUGUCUUCACCUCUGCCAUGACCCCACUCAUUGGUCUUGGAGUGAUAAGUCUGGAGAGGGCAUACCCUCUGACUCUGGGCUCCAACAUUGGCACGACUACUACGGCUAUCCUUGCCGCACUAGCGAGCCCUGGAGACAAGCUGUCUGCUGCCUGCCAGAUUGCUUUGUGCCAUUUCUUCUUCAACGUGUUCGGAAUUCUUCUGUGGUAUCCGCUGCCCUUCAGCCGUGUGCCCAUCCGCAUGGCAAGGGCGUUGGGUGAACGCACAGCUAAGUACCGGUGGUUCGCUGUGCUCUACCUCCUGCUCUGCUUCCUCCUACUCCCUGCACUUGUUUUUGGUCUGUCUCUGGCUGGCUGGCACGCCAUGUUAGGUGUAGGAGCUCCGUUUGCGGGGGUUGCCAUCUUUAUCAUCCUGGUAAACCUGCUGCAGUCACAUAGCCCCACCCACCUGCCCCGAUGCCUCCGGAACUGGGACUUUCUGCCUCUAUGGAUGCACUCGCUCAAACCACUGGACAAACUUAUCACCAGGACUACAGCUCUUUGCUGCAAGUCCACCCAGUCCAGUGCUGCCAGUCUUGACCCAGAAGCCUUCACCAUUCCUGAUAGCACUAACAUCAGUGCGGAAUCAGUGGCAUCUCAGAGAAAAUCUCAACUAGCGUACACCAACCCUGCGCUUUCGUUUCAGGACGAAUCGCCUUCACAGCCACGAGUGUUCAAGCUAAAGGGGCUGGAACGGUGUAACAGCACACCACUUUAGAAAGAUUAACCCAAUAAAACCCCACAGCCAGUUUGUUUUUCUCAGGUCUAGAAGUGAUAGAACUCAGUUAUUUUGAAACAGACAAUUGUUUGCUUUUGUGUGAUAAAGCAUCUUUUUUAUACACAGUUUUAACAAAUUACAGCAUUGCAGAAGAUUAUUUUUUGGCGAAGCAUCUCAACAUUGUUAAUUGUUCUCUAUGAAUGACGUGUGAUUAUGGGAUACUGAUCUCACUGUCCUAAAUUCAAACCCCCGCACAGAUACCACUUUGAACGAAAGUAUUAAAUCAAAGGUAGGUAACUGUGUAGUGUUGAACUGAUUUGGAAUCUGAUAUCCCAGUCAGAGAAUAUCAGAUACAUUGAUGUUUACUUGCACCUAUAGGCUAGAAGCAGUUUUUUAAUAGAUAAAUAUACUUGUAUUUGGUGCUCUAGCUGCUUUUAUAUGAGUAUAUUUAGCUUCAUAAAUACUAUUAGAAUUGUGCUGUUUUAUAGAUAAUAGCGAGUGAGAGAAAUUGUUAAUCAAAAAGAUAAACCUGUAGAAGAAAAGAAGCCAAGUCUGGGUCAUUACGUGCCCUGUGUUUAAAACACACAUGAUUGAAGGCCCCAGAUAAUAGUCUCAUGCAACCGACAGACCAAUUUUGGGUUCCCACACAAGGUGAAGCUAUUAAACACCAACAAUGACACUGCAACACAACAGGCACUGAAAGAUAUCAAUGCAAGUGCUUUCCUUUGUUAGUGUUUUCCAUUGUUCGAGAGUUAGGAAAAAAAAGUCUGAGUACUUGCUAAUAAGAGAUUUCCAAUAUUGCUUAUAUUUGAAAAUAUUUUCCCAUGCUUUUCCAUGCACCUUGCACCGGGAUAGUGUAUGAGCUUCACUAUUAAAGUCUAAACUUUAAAUUGUUUUGUAUGGCAUUUCUAUGACAUUUGUAAUGUAGACCAUUCGACAAUCACUAUGAAAAUGUCAAAAUGUUAUCAGCACUACUUUAUAAAGGGUACAUUUUGUAAAUAUGCCUUUACUUUCUUUUCUUUUGAUUUUACCCUCAUUUAUCCUGACAUGAAGCAGGAUUGAUUUUAUGCGUUCUAUCAAGAAUACAUUUUUUUUCACACUUCAUGAAUUGACUUGUCAUCGAUCGCUUUGUCCUGUACCAGCUAGUGAUUAUUUAACAUUCACUUAUUCAAAAGCAAACAUAGAAUAAUUUUCAUAAUCAACAGGAAUUACAAUAGAAAAUUAUAAUUAAAUUAAAAUUAUAUAUUAUUUAUAUAUUACUUUUAUUUCUUACCAUGUACUGUAAUCACUGUUGCUUUAAAACUGGUGCUUUCAGAUAAUCUAAUCUGUAAAACCUGUAAAUAUUUGUCAAAUUAUUAAUAAGUAGGUCUUACUAAAGCAGUGUUUAAACUGUUUAUUGUUCAGCUGCAACAUUAAUUAAUACCGAGGUACUGUAAAUGAAUAAUCCAGCCUGCUACAAUGUGUUGAUUCUGGCAAAAAGUGACAAAUUCUGUGAUUUAUUUAGCAAGAAAAUAAAGACAUUAUGUACA